ACGUGAAGCCCCAGGUGAGCCUUCCCAGGUGAGCCUCCCACCAACAACGUGUGCCGGUGAGGCGGCCUCUGCUCUCGCGCUCUCUUGCCCGGGAGACGUCGGGCCUCGCGUCUCCUGGAGCCUCGGUUUCCGCACCAGCGAAACGGAGCUGGUGGUGGCUGGGCGGCGGAGGCGGCCAGCCUGUGCGCCCCACGAGGGGGUCCUCAUCUGAGAAACGAAGGUGCAUAUUAUAUAUCUAUCAUAAAUUCCCAGAAAUGAGAUUGCUAGAUAUCUGCAUGUGUAAUUUCGAGAGAGAUUGUCGACUUUCGUUUUCUAAGAGCCAGAUUUCACACUGAGCAGCUGCAGACGGAGAAAUCAGAGAAAGCACAACCCAGCCCCAGAUUCCGAGGGGCCUGCUGGGGACUCUCUCCUUCUGCUUAGGAGGGAAGACCCCCGAGGCCGCUGUCUCAGGCCGGGUCCUGGCUGCCAUGGGACUUACAGCUGCUGCCUUCCGGCUGCCUUCUUCACUGCCAGGCAGAUAAGGGUGGUGCUGCCCCAGGAACACCUGCUGCCCCUUACCAGACCGUCCUCUGUGGCCAGUCCUUUCCCUACUUUGGGCCACCUGUGCUGACCCAAGGCCAUGUAGGCCCUACUCGGGCCUCUGUGGAUAGAUACACCACCGGGGACACCGCCUCUGCUCUCUGGGGGACCCAGCGCACCACCAUGCACCGUGGAUUCGCCUGGCUCCACUAUCUCGGGAUCCUCCUUGGCAUGGCCUUAGGGAACCAGGGUUUGGAGGUGUGGCCCUUGACCCAGAGCAAAGAGUGCGCCAUCACCGGGUCUCUGCGCGACAAGCUGCAGUACAGGAACCGCCUUCAGUACAUGAAACACUACUUACCCAUCAACUACAAGAUCCGUGUGCCUUAUGAGGGGGUGCUCAGAGUGGCCAAUGUCACCAGGCUGCAGAGGGCUUGGGUGAGCCAGCAGGAGCUGCGGUAUCUGUGGGUCUGGGUGAGUCUCAGUGCCACUGAGUCAGUGCAGGAGGUGCUCCUGGAGGACCAUCCAUCCUGGAAGUACCUGCAGGAUGUCCACAGACUGCUGGUGGAUGUCCAGCAAGGCCUCAUGGGUGUGAAGGUGGGCCCCAAGGUGGAAGCAGUGUUGUCUCUCCUGAGUGCCCCGGGGCUGAGCCUGAAGCUGGUGCGGCCCAAAGCCCUGCUGGACAACUGCUUCCGAGUCAUGGAGCUGCUGUACUGCUCUUGCUGUAAACAAAGCUCUAUUCUAAACUGGCAGAACUGUGAGGUGCUAAGCCCUCAGCCUCACAGUCCAGAGCCCUCGUCGUCGCAGUGUGUGGCCGCCCAGCUGUACUCUCUAUCCCAGCAGCCUCCCACCUCCCUGCCCCACUCCCUGGGAUCCCAGGCUGGUCCCCCAGCCCAGUGAAGCUGCUGAGGGCACAGGAGGAGGCCUCCUACCCCAAGUAGUCUGUAUGGAGGAGCUCCCACAGUUCAACUGGGCCUGAGCUGUCGCUGGGUGGUGGUGCAGAGUCCCCCUUGGGAGAGGGUAUUUUUUCCUUUCAGGGGGAUCCUGUGCCCAAGGAGGGCUCAGCUCCCCACCCCCCAUACCUCACAUGGUCUCACCAAGAAUGGCAGGAGCCUGGGGGCACCUGAAGGUGGACAGGACAGAGCUCACAGCCCCUCCUGGCAUUGCCCGGGCUGCCUUGCUCACGGCAGUGCUGUCUCCUGGACCGCAGAAGUGGAGAGCUGUGCCGGGUGGGCUGGUGGAUGUGGAGGGGACAGGACUCAGCGAAGCCGAGGAGGGAAGUGCCAAGUGCCCUAUCUUGCCAUAGUGGGUGCUCUUCCAGUUCAUUAUUUUCUAUUAAACACCCGCUUUGUUUUG